UUUUAAACUCGUUUGUUGUUUCCAGGGACAAUGGGUAUUUCAAGAGACCAUUGGCAUAAACGCCGGGCAACCGGAGGAAAGAGAUGUCCGCUGAGGAAGAAGAGGAAGUUCGAGAUGGCUCGCCCCGCGGCCAUGACGAAGCUUGGAGCUCAACGUAUCCACCCCGUCAGAGUUAGGGGAGGAAACAAGAAGUUCAGGGCUCUGCGUCUUGACCAGGGUAACUUCUCUUGGGGUAGUGAGGCUAUCUCCAGGAAGACCCGUAUCAUCGACGUUGUGUACAACGCUUGCAACAACGAGCUGGUCAGAACCAAGACCCUCGUCAAGAACGCUAUCGUCGUUAUUGAUGCUGCUCCUUUCCGUCAGUGGUAUGAGUCCCACUAUGCCCUUCCUCUCGGUCGUAAAAAGGGAGCUAAGCUGAGCGAGGCUGAUGAGAAGAUCCUCAGCCAGAAGAGGUCUAGCAAGACUGACAAGAAGUACAAGGAGAGACAGAAGGACGCUAAGGUUGACCAGGCCCUCAAUGAUCAGUUCCUCACAGGUCGAGUGCUCGCUGCCAUCUCUUCCAGACCUGGACAGUGCGGACGCUCAGACGGAUAUGUUCUCGAGGGCAAAGAGUUGGAGUUCUAUCUACGUAAGAUCAAGGCCAAGAAGGGCAAAUAAACCAUCCACCAAACCUCUUUCGUAUGACGGAUUUGUAACCUCUUGAACCUGUCAUAACAGCGUGAAUCUAUUUCAGAA